AUGAAUGUGAUGAAGGAAGGUUUGGAAGAAAUUGAAUAUAUGGAAAUAUUAAAGUUGGAAAAUAAAAUCAUCGAAUUGGUUAAAUUAUGGGAAAGUGAUGCGAAAUCAAGGAAAAUUUCGGCAGCUAAAAAUGAAAUGAAUAUUUCCACUUCUUCCAUCAUUAACAAUAAUCCAUUGUAUUUAGUGCAAAUACAAGAAUUGUUGAAAGAAAUUCGACGAAUUGAUAAAAGAAAUAAAUUCAGUGGAAGAAAACAAAGACCUAAUACUUUUUUAUCUGAUUCAAAUAUCAUUCAUAAAACAUCAUAUUGUAAAAUAUGUCAAUGUCACACACGACGUAAACAUUUCCAUCCAAAACGGACUCCAGAAGUUAAACGAGCAAUAAGCAGACAAUUAUCACAUUAA